AUGGGGCCUGUUUGGAUCCAUCCAGUGACGCUGGUGCUUCUGCUGGGGCCACCCCUGGUCCCCGGAGGGGGAGGGAGGCAGGCGCCCCCAGCCGCGCGCCGGUUCCUGUACCAGUGGAAGGCCGAGUGCCGCUUCUCCAACGCGACGGGGCGGGAGCAGGUGCGCUUCCUGGACAGGGACUUCUACGAUCGGACGGAGAUCAUGCGCUUCGACAGCGCCCGGGGCCGGUACGAGGCCCUGACGCCGCUGGGGGAACCUUCAGCUGAGUACUUCAACAGCCGCAAGGAGGCGCUGGAGAACGCCCGGGCCGCCGUGGAGCGCUUCUGCCGGCACAACUACGCGAUCGACGGCCCCUUCGCGCACGGGCGGCGCGUCCAGCCCGCGGUCACCAUCUCCCCCACCAAGGACAACCCCCUCUCCCCCCGCACCCUGCUGCUCUGCACCGCGGCCAGCUUCUACCCCCGGGAGAUCGAGGUCCGCUGGCUGAAGAACGGGCUAUGGGCGACGGAGGGGGUCUUCUAUGGGGAGGAUCUGCACAUCGGGGACUGGAUGUACCAGACCCAGGUGAUGCUGGAGGACACCCCCCAGCGUGGAGACGUCUACGCCUGCCAGGUGGCGCACGCCAGCCUGCAGACGCCCAUCACCGUGCAGUGGGAGCCACGGACUUCCGAGUCGGCCAGGAGCAAAGUGUGGAUGGGGGUCGUGGGGUCCCUGCUGGGUGUGGUCUACCGGGCCUUGGGGCUCUCCCUCUACCUGAGGAGCAAGAAAGCAUCUGCCAUCCAGCAGCCUCCAGUGCUCAUCGGCUAGUCCUCCAAGACGCAGGCAAACCGGAAGACACCCUAAUACUUCCUGCUGGAGCUCAGCUUUUCUGUGCUGUCCUUGGGAGACGCGAAGGGGCUGGAAGCUGCAGAUCGGCAAGAGGAGGAGAAGCGCAGCUGAAGACGCUCCUGCAAGGACCAGCUGGACAUUCCCUGAUUUUCUGCCUGCUUUUGCUUCUUUGGGCAGGGGGUGAUGGAUGGGACUCAUUCUGCCAGGCACCCAGAACACGAUUGCCUAUAUUCCGUGGACUUUGGCUCAAGGGCCAGACUUAUUGGCUCGGUUGGGCCUCAUCCUGAGGAGUCCCAGGUUAGUGAUUAAGGGCCAAGAGAGGCCACAUUCCCUCCUCACCUGCACAGCUGCCCCCCCUUAUGGGGACAGCAAUGGGUCUGUCCCGGCCAGCUUCCACUUUCCCCAGAGCAGCUGCAAUUCUGGGGCUUGGAAUUCUGAACGCUUCACUCACACUUGCAGGCUGGCUUUGCUUUCAGUCAGUGGAGGAAUAAUAAAUCCCCUUCUUGCUGGAAUGGUGAAAAAUCUGAAAAUGUGGUUUGAUGACAUGAAAACAAGAACGAUAUUCUGUUUGGA